AUGCAAUCGGCAAAAGCACUGUUGUUAGCAAUACCUACACCACCACAUGUCAGAGAAAAGCUUAGGAAAAAAAUGAGCAAGAGGGAAAACACUCGGUUUAAAGCUGUCUCGAAAGACGCUCCAUCGCAGACUAGCAGUUGGAUAGCUUUGAGUGCAGUACAGACAUGCAGAUUUCUCAGUAAUAGAAACUACAACAAUCACAGAGCAGGAAUCUGCUUUUUUGGAACAUUUCAAGUUGGGACUGAUGUCAUUAUCAAUGAAUUGAUUUUUGACUCGAGACCACCUUUACAUAAAGACAUGGAUUGCAAAAGUGUUGUCAGUAACACCUAA